AUGGAUGUGUCUGUAAAGGCUCGGCUGGUCACUUUAUACGCCACGAUAAACCCGCUGUUGUACUUAAUGAGCGGCGUUCACCAGCCCCCCUCGCUGCUAAGUCGCGGCGCAGCAGCCCACGCUCAUAAGCCGGAGAGCCGUCGCAGCCCCCUGCCCGAGGUCCUGCCCGACGGCCCGGGCUCGGCAGCCCCCACGGGGAAGAGCACCGGCGGCGGUGGUCCCGGUCCCGGCCCAGCCGGUGGGCGCCCACACUAUGUCAUGCAAGUGUCGGCCAAGGACGGGCAGCUGCUCUCCACCGUGGUGCGGACACUGGCCACGCACAGCAGCCCCUUCAACGACAGGCCGAUGUGCAGGAUCUGCCACGAGGGCAGCAGCCAGGAGGACCUGCUUUCUCCAUGCGAAUGUACGGGGACCCUGGGGACGAUUCACCGCAGCUGCCUGGAGCACUGGCUGUCCUCUUCGAACACCAGCUACUGUGAACUCUGCCACUUCAGGUUUGCAGUAGAGCGCAAACCCAGGCCCUUGGUGGAGUGGCUGAGGAACCCAGGCCCCCAGCACGAGAAACGGACUCUCUUUGGAGACAUGGUGUGCUUCUUGUUCAUCACGCCGCUGGCGACCAUCUCCGGCUGGCUGUGUCUGCGGGGAGCAGUGGACCACCUGCACUUUAGUAGUAGGCUAGAAGCCGUUGGCCUCAUUGCACUCACUGUCGCACUCUUCACUAUUUACCUCUUUUGGACCCUAGUGUCGUUUCGGUAUCACUGCAGGCUCUACAACGAAUGGCGCCGCACCAACCAGCGGGUGAUCCUGCUGAUCCCCAAGCCGGCCGCCGUCGCCUCCGCUCAGCAGUCGCUGCUGGGCCUGCAGCCCGUCAAGAGGAACUCCAAGGAGACAAUCGUCUGAUCGGGGCCGUCCUGCAGCGGGGCCGCGCACUAAAUAGGUUUCCUCGAGCCCAUGGGGGUCUGACAGCACCCAGGAGCGUGCUGUUCCGAUUUACAGACUCUUUGCAGAGGUGUGUGUGUGGGGGGAAAUAAUUAAAAAAAAAAAAAAAAUCACUGUUCUAAUUCAAAUCAUGGAUGCUGCAAUCAUAUGAUAUUUGCUAAGCUGCCAAACAUGUUUAUUUAGCAGAUACUGUAUGGAAUUCUACAAACUCAUGUCAAUACUUGCAUCACCGAGCGAUGCAGACUUUUUUAUUAUUGUUUAAAAAUAUUAAAACUAUGGUAAUUAACAAUGCAAAACAGAUGUAAAAAGUGCUUUUUGUUUAUCAUUUACUGCUACUACAGUAUUAUUUUCUUUGGAAAGCAGCCAGCGCU